CCCAAAUACACUCCAUACAAAAAUCCAUUCCGAAGAAAACUGAUGAGUUUGACGUCCAGUUCCUACACAUGGCAAAGUUGGGUUCUUGCAUGCAGAAGCCAGGUUAACUGUUUCUGGAAGGAGAAAUGGAGAAUUAUUGAUCUGAGUUAUAAAAAAGAACCCUAAAUCCAAUUUUUGAAUCCAUUGGAAGCACAAAAUUUGAGUCUGUGUGAACAUGACAGAAGCAGCACAAGAAGGAAGGGGAAUUCCCAAGAGUCCUAAGAGGUCAAGCUGCUAUGAUGCCUACUUCGAAAGGAUUCAGUCCAGGAAGAAAUUACCGCAUGAGCUUCAAGAGAAAUUAACGUAUGCAUUUUCAAAAGUUCCAGUUUCAUCUUUCCAAUCCCUUCAGGGAGGAAAAGUAAUUGAGAUUGUAGCAGAUAUGUCUAUUCCUGAUGCAGUCAAGACUCUCUCAGAGCACAAGAUUUUGUCAGCUCCGGUGAUUACUGUGCCGGAUCAAACCUAUUCGGAUUGGAGAGGAAGGUACCUUGGAAUCAUAGAUUACUCUGCCGUUCUUGUUUGGGUGUUGGAGAGUGCAGAACAUGCUGCUGAAGGUGCCUCUUCAGCUAGUUAUGCAGCAACCACGGCUGGUGGAAUUGGUGGUGCAGGAGCUGUCGGCGCCAUUGGAGCUGUAGCAUUGGGGGUCACAGGUCCUGCUGCAGUUGCAGGCCUAACUGCUGCUGCAGUUUGUUCCGCUGUGGCCGGGAGUGCUGUUGGAAAAAUAGAUAUAGCUGCAGAGAAUGAGGAGGACAAAGAUUCUCCCACAACGGGUGAUAAAUUGACCAAAGAUCUUGACAAGGUCAUACUGCAAGAUGAACCCUGCAAGUCAACAACAGUAAAGUCAAUAGUUAAAUCCUUCGGGGAAACACCUUUCCUUCCGGUAGCAGAAGAUAGUUCUAUGUUGACCAUCUUGCUACUACUCUCAAAAUAUAGGAUGAGGAAUGUGCCUGUAAUAGAAAAUGGCCAACCAGGACUUCAGAACUACAUUACUCAAUCAGCAGUUAUACGCGGUCUUGAAGGAUGCAAAGGAAUGGAGUGGUUUGACUGCAUUGCAGAAAAACCUAUCUCGGAUCUGGGACUUCCCUUUAUGUCCUCUGAUGAGGUUAUUAGUAUCCAGAGUGAUGAUCUGAUACUGGAAGCUUAUAAGAAAAUGAAAGAAAAAAAAAUAGGUGGUCUUCCAGUUGUAGAGGGACAAACGAAGAAGCUAGUUGGUAAUGUCAGCGUAAGCGAUAUCAGAUGCGUGUUUCUCAAACACGAUCUCCUCUCCAAUUUCAGGAAGCUCACUGCUAUGGAAUUCCUAACCACCAUCUCAACAAGCAAAGAACCUGGAAAGCCCAUCCCACCAAUUACAUGCAAUAUCGAGUCGACUCUUGGUAAUGUGAUUGAGAUUCUUGCUUCCAAGUCCGUUCAUAGGAUCUACGUGGUAAGUGCGGAAGAAGGAGAAGUUCUUGGUGUGAUUACACUCAGAGACGUCAUUUCUUGCUUCAUAUAUGAACCCCCCAAUCACUUUGAUGCCUACUUGGGGUUUGCAGUGAAGGAGAUACUGAAGCAGGAAUAAGAUUUCAGUUUGUUAAAAACUUACAUAUGCAUAGAGCCAUAGAGAUGAUAACAAAAUUUUGGUUCGGGACUUAAAACGAUUUGGCUUGGUAAACUAAAGCCAUUGAAUUGCAUCAUGAUUUGUAACCUUCAUUUCAAACAACUUCUUUUUCCAGUGUUCAAAACAUGGGCUAGCAGCCUAGUCCUACUCGUUUUCAGAGGGCAUUCUAUAUUCUGUUGGGAUGUAUUGAGCAUGAAUAGGGAGGCAAAUGGGUUUUCUUGGGUUGGAUUUGUCUUGGGGUGAGGAUGUUUCGAUCAUCUACUUA